UUCCUGAGCCCCACAACUCAUCCCAGCCCCCUCCUCCUCCAAGAGCCCUGUUGCUAGGUAACAGAUGGGGGAGCCACAAAGAGGCAGCUUGAGAGGCCAGAGGCUGGACCCACAACAGGAAAUGGCCUUGAUCCCCCUCUGCAGGGAAUCUCCAGGUGCAGACACACAGAGCCUCACACACACUCACACACAAACCUGUCUCGAGACCCGGACACACACAUCACAGAGCCGUUCACACAUACUCCCAUACAAAGACCUGCAUACACACACACACACACAGGCACAUACACUCCCACACAGGGCUAUGCACGUUGUCAUACACAUGGACACAGAGGCACCUACUCACACAGACCACCUGAUACACACACGCAUACAGAGGAACACACAUACACGCUUGCACAGAAACAGCGUAUGCACGUACACACUCAGAAGACAUGAACACACACAGAGCCAUCACAUGCCCAGAGACACGCACCCACACCCAUAUACUCACAUAGACAUACAAACAUUCACAAGAGGCUGCACAUGCAUAGACAUAUCCACGGGGAACUCACAAAUACUUAGAGACACACAAAGAGACAAGCAUAUCCAAGCACUCUGAAGAAGUCACAAAAACACGAUGUACUGAAGCAAGAGGAGGCAAAAAUCGAUCGAUAAACACGGCAGCAGCCCAAAGCAGAAAACCAGCACACUAAGGGUAUACAGUCUGUCUGCAAACCUACGACAGCAGCUGGGAUGUAGACCCAAAGCAGGGCACCUGGAAUGGGCUGUGUGUUCUGCAAGAAGUUGGAGCCAGGGCCCAAGGAGGAUGUUGGCCUGGAGAGUGACUUCAGGGGCCAUGGGGCCACGGACCGCUAUGGCCCUGACCCAACUCAGGCCCGGACUGUGUCCUCCUUUGCCCAUAUCCCCAACUACAACUUCUCCACUCAGUCCACCAGCCCCGCCUUUCUCGAUGGGAACACCAUCAGGGGCAUCUCAGGGACUGGGGUGACCCUGUUCGUCGCCCUGUAUGACUAUGAGGCCCGGACAGAGGAUGACCUCCCCUUCACCAAGGGUGAGAAGUUCCACAUCCUGAACAACACUGAGGGUGACUGGUGGGAAGCUCGUUCUCUCAGCUCCGGACAAACUGGUUAUAUUCCCAGCAACUACGUGGCCCCUGUGGAUUCCAUCCAGGCUGAAGAGUGGUACUUUGGAAAGAUCGGGAGGAAGGAUGCAGAGAGGCAGCUGCUCUCCCCCGGGAACCCCCAAGGGGCCUUUCUUAUUCGUGAGAGUGAGACUACCAAAGGUGGCUACUCCCUGUCCAUCCGGGAUUGGGACCAGGCCAGAGGCGACCAUGUGAAGCAUUACAAAGUCCGCAAGCUGGAUACGGGUGGCUACUACAUCACCACACGGGCCCAGUUCCACUCCGUGCAGGAGCUGGUGCAGCACUACAUUGAGGUGAACGACGGGCUAUGCCACCUGCUCACAGUGGCCUGCACCACCAUGAAGCCGCAGACAAUAGGCCUGGCCAAGGACGCUUGGGAGAUCAGCCGCAGCUCCAUCGCUCUCGAGCGCCGGCUGGGCACCGGCUGCUUCGGGGACGUGUGGCUGGGCAUGUGGAACGGCAGCACGAAGGUGGCGGUGAAGACCCUGAAGCCGGGAACCAUGUCCCCGAAGGCCUUCCUGGCGGAGGCGCAGAUCAUGAAGAUGCUGCGGCACGACAAGCUGGUGCAGCUGUACGCCGUGGUGUCGGAGGAGCCCAUCUACAUCGUGACCGAAUUCAUGUGCCACGGUAGCUUGCUGGAGUUCCUCAAGGACCGGGAAGGCCAGGAUUUGACACUGCCCCAGUUGGUGGACAUGGCAGCCCAGGUGGCUGAGGGCAUGGCCUACAUGGAACGCAUGAACUACAUCCACCGCGACCUGAGGGCAGCCAACAUCCUUGUUGGGGAACGGCUGGUGUGCAAGAUCGCUGACUUCGGACUGGCCCGUCUCAUUGAGGAUGAUGAGUACAACCCCCAGCAAGGGGCCAAGUUCCCCAUCAAGUGGACAGCCCCGGAGGCUGCUCUCUAUGGCAGAUUCACCAUCAAGUCAGAUGUGUGGUCCUUUGGAAUCCUGCUCACUGAACUCAUCAGCAAGGGCCGAGUACCCUACCCAGGCAUGAAUAACCGGGAAGUGUUGGAACAGGUGGAGCAUGGCUACCACAUGCCAUGCCCCCCAGGCUGCCCAGCAUCCCUGUACGAAGUCAUGGAGCAGACCUGGCGUCUGGACCCAGAGGAGAGGCCCACCUUCGAGUACCUGCAGUCCUUCCUUGAGGACUACUUCACCUCCACAGAACCCCAGUACCAGCCUGGGGAUCAGACAUAGCCUGUUUGGGCAUUCGCCACCUUUCUGGGGUGCCCACCAAUCCCUUCCAGUCCCCAGGGCUCUGGUCCCAAAGCCCCCAGGCUUAGACCCCUAUAGGAUCCUAGCAUGUCGGAACAAGCAGGUUGCUCUGACACCACCUAGAGCACCCCACUCAUUUUAAAGAUGGGGCCAUUCCAGGCUUAGAGAUCAUCCCUGACUCUGGCCCCAAGCACUAUUUCUCCCCUUCCCACUUAGGCUCCUACCUCCAGACUCUCUUCCCACCUCUCCCCCAAAAGAAAUGCUCAGACUUUGUCUAGUUAUUUAUAAAAUUGUAUAUCCUUUCCAUCAAGCACCUCCUAUCCCUGCUUUUUUUACCGUAUCAUCCCACCCUGAGUUCACCUCCUACUCAGUUCUCUUGUGUCUGUAAGUUGCAAAGACAGGGUAAGUUUUUGCUGGAACCCUUUCCUGCUGGGUGGACGCUGUGGUCCGGGCCUGGGGUCCAAGCCCAGGGUGAGGGAGAGGCUUGCUGAGGACCCACCGCCUCUCUGAAUCACGUGCGUGUUUAUUGCUUUUUGUAAAUAAGAAAAGUGACAAUAUGAA